UCGGCAUUUUUUGACAGGAGAGUUGAGCUUAGAUCUUCUUAUAAAAGUUCCCAUGAAUUAAGUUUACAUCCUGUGUGUAUGAUGGCAGCAUGGAUGAUCUACUGCAUGUUCAGCCUUUUGCUCCCCACUUGUACUCACCAAACUGGGGUGGACAAGAUCAAGUUUGAAGAAGGGAAGAUGCAAUAUGAAGUUCUUCAGAGACAAUCCGAGAUGCCUAAAUAUGGUCAUUGCUGGAGAAAUGCCAUGGUGCUCAUCAAAAAAGAAUGCAAACGGCUAACAGAUGUAGCACAAACAAGACUAGCUUUAGCCUAUUUAAAUUGUUUCCUAGGGAUCCAGGGCAGGCCGGGCUAUGAGUGUGAUGAAACCGAGGAUGUAUCCACUUGUGUAAGGCAUAUGAAUGAAGUGGAUCGAAGUUCAUUGACCACAUUCUUUACUCACACCCAAAAUAUUUGCUACUUCCUUCAAGCUCAAGUUUGGCAAGAAGAAACAGACAUGACCAUUAAUAGGCUCAGUGCCACUAGCUCACAGGUUGCAGAACAGCUGGAGCAGUCAGAGCAGGUGCAGAGAGACAUUCUUCAAUCACAAAACCAGAGUCUACACACCCAGCAUCAAUUGCUUGUACAGACUCACAACUUGAGCAGCAUUAUCAACGUAUCAUCUCAAAGUGUGCGCUUACUGUUUGAAGACUUGAAGGAAUCAACCAAAGAACAGAAACAGAUAAUGGGUGCAUUGUUUGAUCAGCUGACCAAAUUACAGAGCACCAUACUGGGGGAAGUUUCUGGAUUCUACUCGCUGUUCUAUUAUUUGUUGUCUGUACUAGUGUGUUACUUGUUGACUUCAACAUCCCGCACUUCAGGAGCUAGAAUCUGGCUGUUCUUAAUAUGGACUGUGAAUGUUAUACUGGAGCAAUCUCUGCUAAGAUGGAUUGCAAGUGUCUAUCUGUCCAGUGGCACUGAUAAUGAACAGGUUUAUUGGCUUCAGAAACAGAGUCGUCGAGUCAGUUUGAUUCCAUCAGCUAUUGUCCUCGCUGUCUGCUUCUACAACUAUAAAGAUAUAAAUAUGCUGAAUAACCAACUUUUGAUGGAGAUAAGAAAGCAGAACUCUGAGCUUUGCAAGUUUUUAAGUGGUUCAAGUGCAAUUUUACAUGGGCAGCCAGCCACUGAAGCUGUUGGGACAUCUAAAGUAACUGAAGCUGUGGAUUCCUCUGAUAGUGACUACACAAGUGACAAUGGUGAUGACAGUGAUGAUGAGUCUGACAAGACUUUCAUACUGCCAGAGAACAGAGACACGGACGCAGAAAGUUUUCUCACACUAACUGAUAAUGAUUCAACUGUAACAGAUCUUUCUUCCUUACACUCAGAGUUGAAUGAUUUAAAUACAACCCUGUCCAGUCAAGAUCAGUUCACCAACAUCAGGUCAUGGCUGGACAGGUCACAUGGUCUAGAUGAUAAAGAGGAUGUGAAACCACCUAAACAUAGCUCAAUUGAAGUGGGUGAAGCAAUUAAGACAUCCCCAUACAAUUUACGACCUCGGAAAACAGGUGCCAGCCCUAACAUUAGCCCAGCCUCACGUGUUGAGUCUGCAAAAAGCUUCUCAAAAACUGUGCAUCAUAUGCAACAAAUCACAGAGAAAAACAGUCGCUUAAUCAGAGCUUACAUACAAAAUGCUGCACAGUGUUCCUCACCUGAUUCAACUAUAACAGGGCCAAGAGAGAGAAAUUCUAUUCUUACUCUUAAUGCAAGAUUGACAAGGAGUAGCCCAGCUAGUUCAAGAAAAUAAAAUACAUUGACUUUCUUUACUGUAAUAAUUCAACUACAACCUGAGAUAUUCUAUUUAAGCUAGUCUAUAUAAUUUAUUUAACUCCUAUUGUACAAAGUGUUAUUUUUUGUAUUUAAUUCUGCCUAAGUGUUCAAAUUAUUUAUGUCAACAGAAUAAAUCUCAAAGUUCUUACAAGUAAACUCAUUCUUUUAUGUAAUUAUUUUUAACAAUGAAACUAAAUUUUCUCAUGUUAACUCAUGCCUUAACUAACAUAGCAUUCACCUACGUCAAGUUUUGAUAGAAGCAUACACUAUUUUUUACAGUUUAAUUUUAUACGAUAGUGCUGCUGAUGAAUUGGUAUUUUAAAAAUCUUAAAUUUCAUGAAUAGUGAAUGUAAUUUUUUUAACUGGCAUUGCUAUUUAAUUUAUGAAAUAUUCAAUGUAUUUGCCAAUUUAAUUGUAACAUAAUGAAGUAUUACCUCAAGAAAAUAUUGCGCUUUGAAAAUGGUGUUGUUAUUACUAGGUUAUUGUGCAUGAUUCGUGUGAAUUUGAAGCUUUUUUUUUUGUUAUGUGUUCUACUUCUUCUUGCCAAAUAAGUGUCACUGUAUCAAUCAUAUUUAAGUUUGAGAAACAUAUUUCUUGAACAAAAUUUCAAUCACAUGAUGAAAUGUAUUUUUUAAUUGUAUAUAUGAUGAAAUGAUGUUUAUUAGUUUACAAUAAAGUUUAUAUUUUUAUAA